AUGAAGUUUUUGAUUGGAGAACAAAACCAUGUGAAGAGACAGUUGCAAAAGGUUUGGAUGUAUGAAGAGUAUGGUCCUAAAGAAGUACUCAAACUAGAAGACUUCCCAAUUCCUUGUCCUCAACAUGAUCAACUACUUGUUCAAGUCAAAGCUGCAGCCUUGAAUCCCAUUGAUUUCAAGUUCCGCCAACGACCCGUUGUCCCUUUAGAUUUUCCUUUUGUUCCAGGUUGUGACAUGGCAGGUAUUGUGGUGGGGAAAGGAGAUUCUGUAUCAAGAUUUGAUAUAGGUGAUGAGGUUUAUGGGAACAUUCAAAAUUUCACCACUGAUAAAAUAAAGCAGUUGGGAACAUUAGCAGAGUUUAUUGUAGUUGAGGAGGAAUUAGUGGCAAGGAAGCCAAAAAAUGUUUCAUUUGAGGAAGCAGCAAGCUUGCCUGUGGCAUUUCAAACUGCAAUUGAAGGCUUCAAAACAGCAGGUUUUAAGAAGGGGCAGAGUGUUUUUAUAGUUGGAGGUGCUGGUGGUGUUGGAUCUUUGGUUAUUCAACUGGCCAAGCAAUUUUAUGGAGCUUCUUUUGUUACAGCAACUACUAGUACUACCAAAGUGGAGUUCGUCAAAAGUUUGGGAGCUGACAAAGUUGUUGACUAUACAAAAACUAGAUAUGAAGACAUUAAGGAGAAAUAUGACCUUGUCUAUGACACCAUAGGUGACUCCAAGAAUUCCUAUGUGGUGGCCAAAGAAGAAGCACCAAUAAUUGACAUAACAUGGCCUCCUUCAAAUCCUAGAGCAAUGCAUUCAAACUUGACAGUAUGUGGAGAAGUUUUUGAGAAGAUUGAACCAUAUCUAGAGAAUGGAAAGCUAAAGGCAACAAUUGAUCCUGCAAGUCCAUUUCACUUCUAUGAAGUUAUCGAGGCGUUUAGUUACUUAGAAACUGGAAGAGCCAGAGGAAAAGUAGUGAUCUCUCCCUUUCCCUCGACACAUGAGGAUGAAUUCUUGUAAUGCCAAUGGCCUAUCUGGAAACUCCAAUAAGCCUUGAACAAAAUAAUCAGCAAAAAAUGAGUUAAUUCCAAGCAACUUCUUAAUGUGAUUACCAUGUGAUGAAUGUAAUGACUAU